AUGGCGGUUUCUGGAAGCAGACGCCAGAAUAUGACGAUCGAUGGCGUCUGGGAGGAUUUGUACAAAGGCCUUCAGGCUGUAUAUUUGCGAGAAGUCAUGAAAUCUCAGCGCUAUAUGGAGCUUUACACAAGUGUGUACGAUUUCUGCACGGCCGUCUCUGUGAAUGCUAAUCCGGGUGUUGUUGGUCGACCUACUCGAUCAGGUGCUCGUUCUUCUUCGCACAAAAACUUCAGUGGUGAAGACGGACCAGUGACCGGCACGGAUUUUGUGGGCGUCGAGAUGUACGCGAAAUUGACCAAUUUCAUCGAGUCAUAUGUAAAAGCAAGGCUGGAGUUUCGUACGAAAGUUAAGCUGUUCACAUUGCAGGGAGCGAGGGACCUUCUUGGCGAAGACUUGCUGCGAUACUACACUACGCAAUGGUCGGAGUUCAGAUUUUCUUCCAAGGUAUGUCGUUAG